AUGCUGGACACUAUAGCCCCGGCUUUGCAGGACCUGGGCAGGCACGUGCUGCCCACGCUGCCUUCGCUGAGCCAGGCGGAAGUUGCCACGAUCUGGAACAAUGUGUCGGAAUUUGUGGAACGGCAGCUAACCCUGCACAAGGGGGUUCACAUUUCCGGAUUUGGAACUUUUACUUUCACGAGGCAAAAGACUGAUGUGGGACACAGCAAGUUUGUUCUAAUCCAGAGGCCUGUGUUUGUCAUGUCGGAGAAAUUAAUACAGCUCCACGGACUCAAACAAAACAAAGUAUAUACUCCUGGUGAUAUCCCAGUUGUUCCACUGAAUUUUGUCCUGAUAUCCCUGGAAAGUCCAUUCAACAGGGAUGUAGUGGAAGGAUGUGUGAAGGAGACGUUGCUUUUCUUGUCGCGAUCCAUUUCCAUCAGACAGAUCGUGGAGUUUUCAUUCAAAGGAAUCGGGGUCCUUGUGAUCAAAGAUGGCAAAGUGAAGAUGAGAUUUUAUAAGGACUUCCUUUGUGCCAUGGACGGAAGUGGGGCUUUGGCAAAAGCCUUAGCUAAUAGGCCUGGCACUGUGGACUCAGUGAUCUCCAGCAGAGAGGGCUUGAGGAAGCCGCUCAGCGGUGGGCUUGCAUUUCCAAGGAUUGAGCUCAAGGAGAUGGAGAACAAAUCACCUAUGGAGACCAUCAUAGAAGAAGAUGAAGAGGAGAGACAAAGGAAGUUCAAGUUAAAAGACAAGUUCAGCAAAGACGAAGGCAUUAGAGAGAUCUCAUCACCCAAGAGACCUCAAGAUGGACUAACUAACUCCCCUGCCAAAGUGACAGAUGUUGGCAAGUUAGAGAGAACUGGGAGUGGUGGGAAGAUUAUGAACCCUGCGCGCUUAUCAUCUCCUGGUUGUCUGAAAAAUGACAAUGAAAUGAAGCCCAGAACAUCUCCAGCCCCCGCUUGCCAGGACCACCAAAGGGCAGGACAGGAAAUGUGCUAUGUAUGUUUGCAACGAGCACAACGAAAUAAUCCGUUGUACUUCGCAGAGGAGAGAAGGAGGAGAGAGAUAGAAGACGAGCAGGUCAUACAGCAGUAUCAGAUGUUGAAAGACCAGGAAGCUCUUUUCAGAGACCAGAUAAGAAAUGUGGCUCUUAGAGAGCGGAAUCAGAAAACUGCUGCCUAUAAUCUUGGAGUUGCUGAAGCUAUGAGAAGCCACAAGAAUGAGAAACCUGAAUUUUAUAAAUCCUAUCUGUUUGAUAAACGGCCACUCAGUCCUGAGCUUAAUGCUUUUAAGCAAGAGGGAUAUUCUCAAAGUCUCCUGAAACAAAUGGACAACAAACGAGAAAAGGAAAUAAAGGAGAGAGAAAACAGAGAAUUGAUGGGCCGUCUGGAGCAAGUGCAACUGACAGAGGAACUUGCUGCACAAAGAGCCAAGUAUUUAAAAGAUAGGAUGGAAAAAACACAGUGUUACAAGAGAGCUUUGGAUGCACAGAUAAGAAACAAACCCAUCCAGCUACCCGUGUUGGAGCCAGACUCCUCAGAGCCCAUCUUUGGUAAGGACGAGGGGGAGCCGGUGGUGGAAAAGCGAAAGCGAGACCAGGAGUACAUGAAACACCAGAUGGAGACAGCUGCUGGCCGCAAGAGGAAAGCCAUUCUGCACCAGCUGGUGGACCAGAGGCGGGAUCUGCAGAUGCUUCGGAGGACACGGCAAGAGUACUUAGCAGACAAGAUUACCGAGCUAGAACGAGUGAACAGAAUCAACCAAUGCUUACAGGAGGACUGGGAAAGGAGUGUUGCAAUGAAGAAGCAGCGGGACCUGGAGGAGAAGGCUUUCGAGCGGGCUUCAGACAAGCUGUUCCUCCUGGACCAGUGCAAGAAUUACCUGCGCUGCAAGCAGUGCCAGAGGCGCCCCUCCAACCUGGGCGAGAGCAACCUGUGGCCCCGGAACAGGUUCCUGCUCGGCUCGCGGCUGCUCGCGUAG